AUGUCGCCUACUACUAGAUCAAAGGCCAAAGGUUCCGGGCCUCGCCGGAGCGACAGACUGCGCGCGAAGAGAGCGGAGCUUAACAGCACCACACGCCCAGGCGCGCGACCAACUCUGUCGCACAAAAAGAAGGUCGCGGCCAAGCCGAAGCCAAAGAAGGCCGCGCCCACGCCGAAGCCAAAGAAAGUCGCGCCCAAGCCGCAGCCAAAGAAGGUCGCGCAUCCAUCGAAGUCGUAUCCUUCCGCCAGUGCUCAAUUCGCCCGCGACCCAGAUCCAGUGCCACAAGAUGCUACUGGUAAUGAGCCGCAGCAGCCAACGCUACUGACCAUUGCCCCCGAAUUGCGCAAUAUGAUCUACGAGUACGCUCUUGUAGAAUCUCGCACGGUGCAGAUCCGAGCAGGUGCUCGCGAGCCCGGUCUCCUCGCAGUGUGUCGGCAGAUUCGUGCAGAAGCCCGUGGCAUUUGGUUGUCCAUGAACACGUUCAGAUUCACAAUCCGAGACUGCGACGGCCGUCAGAUCAGUUCCUUCCACCAACAUGCAAGCAAGCUCAAGAAGAUCAGCUUGAAUCUCAGAGGCAACCGAAAGUGGGACAACAUCAUCACAUGGGCACACCUCGUCUACCAGCACAGAGGAUAUCGCCUGAAGAUUCCCCAUCCUGGCUUGCGUACAAAAGUGCCCCGUUCGGAAAUGUGGGACAUCGUGCAUACUGCGACGUCAAUGGCCCAUGACCUUUCCCACUUACCAUGGCCACGAGUUCAGAAGAACCUUGAGCUGAUCAGGAUUAUGGCUGCUUACCGCGACAAAAGCUGGCUCAAUUGA